ACACACACACAGCCUCAUAGACGUUUUCUUACUCCUCAGCCGGCGGAUGUUUAAUGAUCAACGAACGCGACGUUGAGGAAGGGGAAAAUAAAUAUUUGGAGUUCCCGCCACUUUCAUUUAUAAGCACUCUGACCUCCCUUAUUAGGAAGCGCGAACGCAGAAGGCGCGCCAACGGGAUGACGUCAGAAGGUCGGAACUGCCCAAGAGGUCAGUCGCGCGAGGGGCCCGCAAACCCGAAAAUUCGGAACGGUUUUCUCGUUCUUUAUUCCGAUUCGGGACGUAUCGGGGAGUUCGACUGGAUCUGGACGAUUGUGACUUUUGGAGGAAGUCCGCCUAUUCGUCGGGGGAGGAGCCGUUUCGCUAGGAGACCGUGAAUGGUAUUGCCGAGCUACCCCCCCCCCCUACGUUGGUUGUGUUGUGCUUACACAUUCUGCCAGUAUCAACAGAAGUUGCCGUACACGUCUGACGACUACAGCUCUAUAUACCGCGGCGUGUGGCGGGCUUUACGUCGUCUGAACACCGAAAGACCGGUUCGGAGGUAGGCCAGACAACCGGCUAGGGUUAUACGGGGACAGGCAGGGCGUAUACCGGUAUUCUGCCGAGUCCCUCCGUCGACUAUACUGUGUUCCUGUCCCGUCUGUCGUCCCAGCCUACACCGGGCUAUAUUUAGUACUGUCCGUACCAGCUUGCGCUGCAUUUAGAACAUUCCUGUGGCUUCAUCUGAACCGACUUUCGUAGGAUGAGAACCUGAACACGCCUCGACGGGUCCAGGCGGUGGAUUUUUUCCAGGUACGUCGCGGAUUUUUACUUCGGGAGCUAACUGGCCGCGAAGAAGCCGCCACGCUUUUGUGUUUCUGUGCCCCCCUCCCCCUCCAAAUCAAACACACAUGGUGAGGCCGUGAGUCAGUCUCCUGCCCAUACCCCCAGCAGACGGAGAGAGGCGACGCCCUGCCCGCGAGGAUCUCGGCAGCCCUCUGCUGCCAACAUGAAGCCCAGCUCCUACAUGUUUCGAGACCAAAUCCAGAUUCUCUCGGGCUGGUUCAAGGGCUGGAAUGAGAGCGAACAGACGGUGGCCCUGCUCUCCCUCCUCAAGAGAGUCUCCGGCGUCCAGGCCAAGUUUCUUGUCCUGUGCCUCGAGCAGAGCUUCGCCGAUUCUUCCGACAUCCAAGUCUUGCAAGAACAGGCCAACAACCCAGUGUACCUGAGCUGCCUGUCGAAUGAGCCCAAAGAGAGCGUGGUGUCCCAGCUGCUCUCCCGCCUGCCUCUGCUGAAGCCGGGGAACGCCGAGGCGAAGGCUGAGUACAUGAAGCUGCUGCCCAAGAUCCUGGCGGACUCCAUCGAGCACGGGCGGCACCUGGAGGAGAGCCGGCAGCUCCUGUCCUACUCACUCAUCCACCCUGCCAUCAGUAACGAGGAGCGCAGCUCGCUGGCGCUGUGGCUGACGCACCUGGAGCAGCGCUCUUCGGCGCUGGAGAACCAGCAGAACGGCGGAGGCGGUUGUCACGGUGACAGCAUCAGUCCCCACGGUGACCAGACGCCGUACGGCGGAGGCUACCCCGCCGACCUGGCCUACCAUGGCAACAACAACGGGUUCCACAACGGGCAGAAGGAGUUCCAGGGGGGGCGGAUCAACGGCUGGCGGAACCAGCGCGACUCCGGGAUCGUCAGCAGCUGGCAGGACCUGUCGGGCGGCAUGGGCGGCUUCAUCCCGGGAAAUCACGCGCCCGUGCAGAAAACCUUCUCAGGGCCUGCCAACAUGAACCCAUCCAACAACCAGGAGGAUCACUAA